UGUUCCGGCGCCAGGAGGAGCCGCGCGCUGCUGGUGCUGCUGCCGCCCCCGUCUCCGUCUCCGCUGCCGUCGGUCGGGCUGCGCUCAGUUCUUCGGCGCUCAGUUCCCUCGGACCCAUCGCCGCUUCUAGACCUUGCUGCGGGUUCGGAUCUUGCCGGGAAAAUGUCUGAUGAAUUUUCGUUGGCAGAUGCGCUACCUGAACACUCCCCUGCCAAAACUUCUGCUGUGAGCAAUACAAAACCCGGCCAACCUCCUCAAGGCUGGCCAGGUUCCAACCCUUGGAAUAACCCAAGUGCUCCACCUUCUGUGCCAUCUGGACUCCCACCAAGUGCAACACCCUCCACUGUGCCUUUUGGACCAGCACCAACAGGAAUGUAUCCCUCUGUGCCUCCCACCGGACCACCUCCAGGACCCCCUGCACCCUUUCCUCCUUCUGGACCAUCAUGCCCCCCACCUGGUGGUCCUUAUCCAGCCCCAACUGUGCCAGGCCCUGGCCCCACAGGGCCAUAUCCGACACCAAAUAUGCCCUUUCCAGAGCUUCCGAGACCCUAUGGUGCGCCCACAGAUCCAGCUGCAGCUGGUCCUUUAGGUCCAUGGGGAUCCAUGUCUUCUGGACCUUGGGCACCAGGAAUGGGAGGGCAGUAUCCUACCCCUAAUAUGCCAUAUCCAUCUCCAGGGCCAUAUCCCGCCCCUCCUCCUCCCCAAGCACCAGGGGCUGCACCACCUGUUCCAUGGGGCACUGUUCCACCAGGAGCCUGGGGACCACCAGCGCCAUAUCCUGCCCCUGCAGGAUCAUAUCCCACACCAGGACUCUAUCCCAGUCCCAACAACCCUUUUCAAGUGCCUUCAGGACCUUCCGGUGCUCCACCGAUGCCCGGUGGCCCCCAUUCUUACCAUUAAGUUAACAAUGGAUGAAGAGAUGACGCUUUGCUUUUUGAAGUACAUAUAUAUAUAUGCACUUGAAUGCAUAUAUAAAAAUUGCUGUUUCAUUAUUCUUAGAGGGCAUUCAUGAAAGAACAACUCUUGCACCUCUCAGAAGAUAUCUGCCUCUUGUGCUUGGAUGUAUAGUACAUCUGAUGGAAACAAUCAGAUAAAAAUGUAAAAGUAAAUCGUUCAAAUGUGAUUUUUAUUCGGUUUUUAUGGAAAGUUAAAGUAAUUAAGUAUAUUGAAUAGCUCUUUGAUACAAUUUGUUUAAAACAAAUUUUUGAUUUGUUUAAAUUAUGAAACUAAAUACUUACAUUAUCACUUUUUCCCCUAAAUAAACACACUUUGAAAACAA